CCUGCAAAGGCUUUUUCCUUCUUCCCCAACCACCAUUAAUGGCUUCCUCCUCCUCUUCAUCUUCCUCUCCUCCUUCCUCUUUCUUUCGAGUAGAAUUCUAGAAGAAGGAGAAAGAAAUCGAAAGGCAGCAGCUGAUGGUUGCAUGCUGUGCGUCGCUCUCAUGCUCAAAAGGUCAACAGAGUUGAGUCCCUCAGCUAAGGCAGGCAAGCACGAGAGUCACAGAUACAUAUCCCCUUUAAUCUCCUCUCCCACCAAUCCUUUGAUCCAUUCAUCCCAACUUCUUCCAUAGUACAAAUCUCUUGCUCCCCUCCCUCUCAUCUCCUAUCUGUAUCUAUUUCUAUCUCUCUAUCUCGUAUCUCCUUGAAGAAGAACAGAGAGAGGAUUGGGAGGAGUAGUAGGUAGUUGAUUUAGUUUUGAGGAGCCGGAGAGGAGAGCAGGUGUCCUGGUUCGUGAUUCGAUUUCAGCUGUUCUGAUCGCUUCUUGUGGCUUCUGUGCCGUGCUGGCCUCUCGUUCUUGAGCCUUUGUCGAUUCGAUUCCCGCGAAAAGGAGGCGUCUUUUUGUGAGUUAGGUGUGGUGCUUCUUGGGCUCUACUACCUCCGAGGUGAAGGUGUUGUUGUUGGUGGUGGUGGAUUUUCGCCAUGGGGAAUUGCUGGGGCGCCAAGAUCAGCUCGGAGAGCCCUUGCCGCAGCGCCUCCUCCCCUUCUGGGGGGACAUCCAAGUAUGCUAGCAACUCCAGUGUGUCUGCAGCCUCGGUGCCGCCAACACCACGGAGCGAGGAUGAGAUCCUGGAGGCAGCAAAUGUCAAGGCCUUUGCCUUCAAUGAGCUGAGGACUGCCACCAGAAACUUCCGGCCAGACAGUGUGCUUGGUGAGGGAGGCUUUGGAUCAGUCUUCAAAGGGUGGAUCGAUGAGAAGACGCUCGCACCAACUAAGCCAGGCACAGGGAUGGUCAUUGCUGUAAAGAAGUUGAAUCAGGAAGGCCACCAGGGUCACAGGGAAUGGCUGGCUGAAGUGAAUUAUCUUGGACAGUUGUCACACCCAUAUCUUGUAAGGCUCGUUGGGUACUGCGUCGAAGAUGAGCAGCGUCUUCUUGUUUAUGAGUUCAUGCCACGUGGUAGCUUGGAAAAUCAUCUUUUCAGGAGGAGUACGCAUUUUCAGCCGCUCUCCUGGAACCUUCGGAUGAAAAUUGCCCUUGGAGCAGCAAAAGGGCUCGCAUUUCUCCACAGUGACAAGGUUAAAGUCAUCUACCGUGAUUUCAAGACCUCUAAUGUCCUUUUGGAUGCGAACUAUGAUGCAAAGCUCUCUGAUUUUGGGCUGGCAAAGGAUGGACCGACUGGUGACAAGAGCCAUGUCUCCACAAGGGUGAUGGGGACUUAUGGAUAUGCUGCACCAGAAUACCUUGCAACAGGCCAUCUGACCACCAAGAGCGACGUCUAUAGCUUUGGAGUUGUGCUGCUAGAGAUGCUAUCAGGACGACGAGCACUGGACAAGAACCGCCCAACCGGGGAGCACAAUCUGGUGGAGUGGGCUAGGCCAUACCUGAUGAGCAAGCGGCGCAUCUUCCGCAUCCUGGACGCCCGGUUGGGCGGGCAGUACUCCCUUGCCAAGGCCCAGAAGGCUGCAACACUGGCACUUCAAUGCAUCUCUGUGGAGGCCAAGAACAGGCCUAACAUGGAGCAGGUUGUUGCUGUAUUAGAACAGCUCCAGGAUUCCAAGGAGACAGGGGCAAAUCCUCAGCUGCAGAAGAAGUCCAGCAGCAAGAACGCAGGCAGCAAUGGAUCGAAACCGUCAUCGAAGGGGAAGCCCGCAAAUGCGAGGCUGGUUUAAGUGAACAAUCAUAUAUCAUAUGAUCAGAUAUAGAUCUGUUGAGAUGAGUAGUGUAGGCUCUUAGAGGGACCUGUAAAGAAGAGGAGAGUUGUGAAUCCUUGGUGCUUGCCUGUUUUAGUUGUUUUUGCAGCUUCUAGUCAGAGUCUUGUCUGAAGUAAAAAGUAUGUGGUCGCCUAUAUCUGCAUGCAUUCAGUUCAGUGCAUUGUGGAUUGUACAGUUUAUAUCUAGUUCUAAUGCUGCGAAAUUUUUGUUCGAGGCAACAGAUGUGCCCAGAUCCAGUUUUUCCUGAUUUUUAAAUCUACAAGCUGCCCCAGAUCA